CGCGGCGCACGCGCGGUGCUGGCGGCGCCCCUCCCCCUCGCCGUGAGGGAGGGGAGGAAGAUGGCGCUGGGCUGCAGCCAAGGGGGGCGGCUGUGCGGCCGGGCUCGCUUGGGGCGCCCCGCGCUGAGGCGGCGGGCGGUGGCAGGGCCCCCGGCGCGGCCCUACGCGGCGGGCGGCGGCGGCGAGGCGGCGGCGGCGAGCGGCGAUGAGGCGGCGAGCGGGGAGGCGCUGCUGGAGGUGUGCCGGCGGCGGCACUUCCUGCGGGGCGGCGCGGAGCCGCGGCCCUGGCGCGCCUACCUCAGCGGCUGCCCGCCGGGCUUCGGGCCCCUGGGCGUGGCGCUGCGCGGCAACCUGGCGGCGCAGUGGUGGGAGGCGGUGGCCGCCUUCCGCGAGCAGGUGUUCGCCGUGGACGCGCCGCUGCACAGCCCCCCCGGCCCCGGCGCCCCGCCGGCGGGGGAGGCUCUGCGGUUGGUGCCCUCCGAGACGUUGCGCGAAGCCCUCCAGGGCGGCGGCCGGGAGGCGGGCGGCCCCUCCGCCGAAGAAGUGCUGGGGGCCGCGGGGUUGCUCCGCGAGUCCCUGCUUCCCGGUGCUUUAGCACAGUACAUUAACUGUUUAGAGUUGGUAAACAAGAGACUGCCUUGUGGCCUUGCUCAAAUUGGAGUAUGUUUUCACUCUGUUCCAGAGAGGGAGCAAUACGACAGAAACCUCAGCAGAAUAGGCGAAAGGACCACGUCUUCCCUUGUAUGGUUUAGCUCUGCCAGGACUACAGGACAAUGGCUUGAUUACUGGUUACGUCAGAGACUCCAGUGGUGGAGAAAGUUUGCAAUAGGCCCAUCUAACUUCAGCAGCAGUGACUUUCAGGAUGAAGAAGGAAGAAGAGGAUUUAAUUUAUACUAUGGCUUUCCUUGGGGGAAGGAAGCAAUAGAAACAUUGACGAAUCUUGGUGAUACUGAACUGUUACAAAUGUAUCCAGGGAAUAGAUCAAAAUUACUUGGCCGAGAUGGAAGGAAGAAUGUUAUUCCUCAUGUUCUGUCUGUGAGUGGAAAUCUGGACCGAGGAGCAUUAGCGUAUCUCUUUGAUUCUCUACAGCUAGUUGAGAAUCCGUUAAUGAAAAAGAAAAAUUCACAGAGAAAGGUACUUAAGCUUCACCCUUGUUUAGCACCUAUUAAAGUGGCCUUGGAUGUAGGAAAAGGUCCAACAACAGAGCUGAGACAGGUUUGUCAAGGAUUAUUCAAUGAACUGUCAGAAAACAGAAUUUCUGUAUGGCCAGGAUAUCUUGAAACCAUGCAGAUAUCUCUGGAACAACUUUAUACAAAAUAUGAUGAGAUGAGCGUUCUCUUCACCAUAUUGAUAACUGAUGCUACUCUGGAGAGCGGAGUGGUCCAGCUGAGAAGCAGAGACACCACCAUGAAGGAAAUGAUGCACAUAUCUAGGCUGAAGGACUUUUUAACUAAGAGUGUAUUUUUAUCACAUGGCCUCCAAUCCAGCAGGUAAGUUACUACAGCUUGCACUUGAUUUAAAAAAAAAAAAAAGUAUUAAGGAUAACAGAGGCAUUAGAAAUCAGUUGUAAAUAGUUCUUGUCAAGCUUUUUUGUUGGCAGAAAAUUUUAAUAGAAAAUCUGUGCCACAGAGUGAAAACAAGACCAAUGUGUGAUCAUGUUUAUACUAUACCUGAGUAUUGUAGUCAAAAUCAGAUAAUGAGAGUUGGGAUAUAAAUGAAGUUGAGUGAUUUUGAUCUUCUGUAGAUUUACUAUGGUUAUACAGACUAAUGGGAUUGGUAUUUGGGUCUCUGAGUUCCAAUUUUUACUUGUUCUACACUUCGUUUCAAGUUGAAGUCCCUAGAAUUGUCAUUUUGGGGAUUUCACUAGUAGAGAAAACUAGCUUAUUGUAUGUCUACAAAAUAGGCCAGGAAAGAAACAUCUGAGCAUCAUCUGCAAUUUUCUGUGCAGGCUCAGUGGUGCUCAGAACAUAUGAGGAGCGAAAGAUUCUUUAAAAUAUGUAAUUAAGUAAAUCACAAGUGAGAUCCUACCUUGUACUGCAUCUCUUAUGAUGACCUUUGAAUAGACUGUAGCACAGGUCCUCUUCUCUGCUAAAAGCCAGAAUAACAUAAUCCAUCCUUUAAUAAGGAUACACUUCAGUAGCUUAAUAUGCCAUUAGCAGCUUGGUCACUAAUAACAUGACUUGCAUGGUUUCAAAAUUAAGCUGUUGAAUUUUUGAAUCAUAGGUUGUUGAUGGACUUUUUUUUCUUCCCUUUUUUUUCCCCUUAACAUUUCUCUGUAGUAAGCAGUUUCACUAUAUAACUGCUCCUAUUUAAAAAAAUCCCCAGCAAAAUCCCCCCCAAAAUAUCUUUGUGCACCCCAGAUGUUUCACUACUAUAAUUUCAGGAUUUUUACCUUUUUCCUCUUCCUUUCUAAUAAUGGUAAUGUUGGCAUACUCUUCAGGUUUAACAUGCUCUGGAUUAAAGAUGAUGAACAAGAGUUAAGAGUUAUGGUCAGAUCAUUUUUACCUUGGUACAAAGCAGUGAGAUUCAGCAUGUAAAAUCUAAACAUGUUUCUUGUAGCAUCUAUGGGCAUUAUCAGAGCUAUUUUCACUCUCUUUGCAGGCAGUGUGGGUAAAAUGCUGAUUGUUAUCUGGAACGAGAGGCUGCAGAGAGAGUACUAGGCAAACUGAGCAGAGCUGCUAGAAUUCUGCUUGUUUAGCACUUGAGCAGGAAGGCAGACUUGUUGGGGGAAAAUGAUUUCUUUUUGGUAUUUAGAAACAGGAAAUAUAGUAUCUUUGCUUUUGUGUUUCUUGAGAAUUGUGGAAGUCAUGCAUAAGGAGGAUUUGAAAAGACCUACAAGAUAAUAAUUAGCAUUGUGGCUUUCAUGCAAUGUCUUCAUUAUUGCAUGUUUUCUACAAUUGGAGUAGUACAAUGUCUUAAUUCAGUUGCCUUGUUGACUGUUAUCUAGUGUUACUUCAUUGUUUGAAGUGACUUCGAGUCUUGUCAAAGUUAAGAAACACAAAGAACUAAUGUGUACUGAACAACUCAGAACAAAAUGCAGGAGCUGCACAAGUUUUCUUUUGCUACAAUAUAUAUAUCUCAUUUCUGACCCUUAAUAAAUGGGCACAGUACUUCUGGUUUA